AUGCUUGAAGAGGAGAGGGAGAAGGAAAACGACGAGAGCCAUUGUGAAGUUAAAACCGUUACCGUUUCUACGCUUCCUGUACUCCGAGAGAAUGAGUUCAGUUUCACCGGCGUUGGCUCGGGGAGCGUGGCUGGAGGAGGAGGGGAGUCCCGGCUCCUUUUAUUCGUUAGAACAGACCUACCUGGAAGAAUUUCCGUUAUGGAUGAUCUCGACAACACCGCUCUCCCAUACUUCACACUGGAGAUGUCAGGUACUGGGGGAGACAUAUCUCAGGUGCAUUGGAAGCAGCAGUGGUUGGAGAAUGGGACUCUGUAUUUCCACGUGUCCAUGAGCACCUCUGAGCAGCUGAUCCAGACCACCGUGCCUACGGCCCGGGAACCUGCUCACGUCCUGCACGAACACAUGCACCUGCUUCACAUCUCUGUUAUGGGAGGCCUGAUCGCUCUCCUCCUCCUCAUCCUCCUCUUCACCCUGGUGCUGUACACUCGUCACCGCUGGUGCAAGCGCCGACGUGUCCCCCAGAAAAGCGCCAGCACCGAGGCCACCCAUGAGAUCCACUACAUCCCCUCUGUGCUGCUGGGGCCCCAAGGCAGGGACAGCUUCCGGGGCUCCCGGCAGCUCCAGCACAGUUCUGUCAUUGGCAUGCCCAUCCGGGAGACCCCCAUCCUUGACGACUACGACUGUGAUGAGGACGAUCAGAUGGGACACACACACACCUCCACACCCAACCAGGUCCACAACCAGCUGAGCGAUGGGAAAGUCCUGGGCUUGGAUGAGUAUGGGCCCAGCCAGGGGACACUGACCCACAGUCAGCACACUGACAGCCUGAGGAAGGGGGAGGACAGCCUCCAACACAGUCUGGAUAAAAGAGCAGCUGCAGGACCCACACAGGAGACGGUGGAUGCAUUGAUGCAGCGGUUUAAGGAGAGUUUCCAUACUAACACCACCCCGGAGAUCGCCCACUUUCAACACAACGUCACACACAACUCUUCUACAGGACGCAACAGAGGCCCAAGCCACACCAGAGGAGGAUGUGUGUUUGGUCGCCAAGGAGACUCUGGGUCAGAGGGUGACGAUGAGACCCAGCUGAAGUUCUACACAGAGCAGCACAGAGGACGCCGGCGCAGCAGAGGUUGUCCACACAGUCCGAUGAACAAAGCCACUCUGACGUUGAUCACCAUCAGUACGUGUGUACUGGCUGUGGUUUACGGCACACAGCUCUCCUGCUCUCUCACUGUCAAGGUCACUCUCCACGUGCCUGAACACUUUGUCGCCGACGGAAGCAGUUUUGUGGUGAGCAUGGGCAGUUUCCUGGAUGUGUCUAACUGGCUGAACCCUGCCAAACUGACCCUUUAUUACCAGACGAACUCCUCCACCCAGUGGGUCAGAGACUACUGUGGCCAGAGGACCACUGAGCCCUGCGAACAGCUGUGUGACCAAGAGACAGGAGAAUGCAGCUGUCACGAGGGCUAUUCUCCCGACCCGGUGCAUAAACACCUCUGUGUUCGCAGCGACUGGGGCCGCAACGAAGGUCCCUGGCCCUACACCAACCUGGAGAAGGGUUAUGACCUCGUCACAGGGGAGCAAGCUCCAGAAAAGAUCUUCAGGUCGUCCUACAGCCUGGGCCAGGGUCUGUGGCUGCCAGUGAGUAAGAGCUUUGUUGUGCCACCGGUGGAGCUGUCAAUCAACCCCAUCGCCAGCUGCAAGACUGACGUGCUGGUGACAGAGGACCCUGGGGACGUCAGGGAGGAGGCCAUCAUGUCCACUUACUUUGAGGCAGUAGAUGAUCUCCUGGCGUCUUUCGGCCCGGUCCGAGACUGCUCAAAGGACAACGGGGGCUGCAGGAAGAACUUCAAGUGUGUGUCGGACCGCAGAGUCGAUUCAACAGGCUGUAUGUGUCCCGACGGGCUGCGGCCAAUGAAGGACGGCAUGGGUUGCUAUGACUACUCAAAGGGCACGGACUGCACGGAUGGCUUCAACGGUGGCUGUGAGCAGCUGUGUCUCCAACAGCUGGUGCCCCUACCAGACGACCCCACCUCCAGCAACAUCCUCAUGUUCUGUGGGUGUGUGCAGGAGUACAAGCUGGGGUCAAACGGACGCUCAUGUGUUCUCCAGAAAGAGAACUGUGAGGGGCCAAAGUGCCAGAGACAGGAUGUCCGCUUUAAUGACACCCUGUUUGGGGAGAUGCUGCAUGGCUACAACAACAAGAGCCAGCAAGUAAACCUGGGACAGGUCUUCCAGAUGACCUUCCGGGACAACAACUUCAUCAAGGACUUCCCCCAGCUAGCAGAUGGACUGAUGGUCAUCCCAUUGCCUGUGGAGGAGCAGUGUAGAGGAGUGCUGUCUGAGCCACUGUCAAAUCUACAACUCCUCACAGGCGAUGCCCAGUUUAAUGAGGCUAUGGGCUAUCCCAUGGUUCAGCAGUGGAGAGUGAGGAGCAACCUGUACAAAGUCAAGCUCAGCGCCAUCACCUUGUCUACAGGUUUCUCCAAGGUUUUGAAGACGCUGACUGCAGAGAGCACCAGAGAGGAGCUGCUGUCCUUCAUCCAGCAGUACGGCAGCCAUUAUGUGUCUGAGGCCCUGUACGGCUCCGAGCUCAGCUGCACCAUCUACUUCCCCAGCAAGAAGGCCCAGCAGCAGCUCUGGCUACAGUACCAGAAAGAGGCGACAGACCAGGGAAGCAGGCGCGAGCUCAAGUCCAUGCCCUUCAUCAGCUACCUGUCUGGGCUGCUGAAGACCCAGCUGCUGACAGAGGACCUGGUGAGUGGCGUGGAGAUCCGCUGCGAAGAGAAGGGCAGCUGCCCGUCGGCCUGCCACCUGUGCCGUCAGGCAGGCCGCGAGCAGCCCUCGCCCAUCCCUGUCCUGCUGGAGGUCAGCCGCAUCGUGCCCCUCUACAACCUGGUGCAGGACAACGUCACUAAGGAGGCCUUCAAGAGCGCCACGAUGAGCUCAUACUGGUGUGCAGGCAAGGGAGAUGUCAUCGACAACUGGUGUCGCUGUGACUUGAGUGCCUUCAGCAAAGACGGCCUUCCCAACUGCAGUCCCCUGAGGCAGCCUGUGCUCAGACUGGCCCCUCACCUAGAGCCCUCCAGCACCAUGGUGGCCCUGGAGUGGCUGGAUGUGGAGCCCCUGAUUGGCUACAAGGUGUCUGAUUACAUCAUCCAGCAUAAACGGGUGGAGGACCCCUCGGAGGCAGAGAUCUACACAGGUGAGGUGUUAAGUCUGGUGGAUGACCUGUUCUCAGGUUUGGGUUCGUCCUGUGUGGUGGCGGGUCGGAGGAAUGGAGACCAUCCUCACUCUGUGCUCUACUCGCUGGUCUUCAAGUGCCUGGAACCCGACAGCCUCUACAAGUUCACUCUAUAUGCUGUGGACAGUCGAGGGAGUCAUUCAGAGUCUAGCUUCGUCUCAGUGCGGACUUCUUGUCCCAUGGUAGACGAUAGCAGAGCAGAAGAGAUAGCAGACAAGGUGUAUAACCUGUACAACGGCUACACCAGCGGCAAGGAGCAGCAGACGGCCUACAACACUCUGAUGGAGAUUCCCCCUCCGCUGCUUUACAGGGUGCAGCACCACUACAACUCCCACUACGAGAAGUUUGGAGACUUCGUCUGGCGGAGCGAAGAUGAGCUGGGACCCAGAAAAGCCCACCUGAUCCUGCGCAGGGUGGAGAGGAUCAGCCGGUACUGCCGUGCCCUGCUCCACAGCGCCUACAUCCAGAGCCGCACCGACACCAUGGCCUACAUGUUCUGUCGCAGCGAGGAGGUUCAGCCCCCUAGCAGUGUGUGGCAUGGCUCCCUGCAAGAGACACGCACUGCCUGCAUGGAGAAACUGAUCUCAGUACAGCGCAACACAUACGGCAAUGCCAAGCUCCGAUGA